GUUUUACAAAGCCUUCCUUAUAAUGCAUAGAAGAAGAAAAAAAACAUUAGCCUUUUACUCUCCAUGUCCCCAAUAUUAUGAAUAUUGUUUUUAUUAAGCUGAUCUUUAGGCUAACAGACGAACAACCCACUAUUUAAUAAAUUAAUUUGGUUGAUUAUCCACAGUGGGAGCAUCAGGUCUUCAGAUAGAAGAAUGAAUUAUGAAUUAAAUAAUUUUUGAAAAUUAGAUUAUUUCAUAUCAUCAGAGUAUGAGAAAGAAAAUGAAACGGAUGUAUUAGUAUUGUUUUAAUUUAUAUAGCAUGACAAGACAAUUAUUUAUCACAUAUAAUUAUCUGUCAUGCAGUUGAUAAAUUACACCACAAUAGGCUAAUGUGUCGUAUUUUGGGCACAUUAUCUGCAUGUCUAUGAAUAGAAUGCUUUAUUAAUAAUUUAUUUACUGAGUUUGGCCUUAUUAAAACACUGUUUUAAUGCAUUAAGCCACAUACUUUUAUGUUAAGGGUUUUAAAAUGUCCCAAUGAUUCAUUUGUGAGUUCGACUGGUCCAGAAGAUUAAACUUGCAGUAGCUAACAUCUUUUGAUUCAAUAAAACAGACGUAAUGAUGAGUCAAGAUAACAAUAGACAACUGUACAUAAUAAUGAAGGUUUUGUAAAACUGCACAGCGUUUUUAGAUUUUUAAACAACAUACUCUUUCCUACACCAACACAAGCUUUUAUUGUAGACUUAACAGUGUUCAGAACCUGUUAUUUAGAUCUGGUGUAGAGACUAUUUGGGGGAUAUUAUAAUGUACUGAAUUAUUCCGAUCAGUCAUUGGCUGUUAAACCGCCAGGGGUAGUUUGAUUGGUUGUUUGAGUCUCAGGUAGCUGGGACUGUUGUUGCCUGAACAACACCACACACAACACACCCCUCCUCCCUCCUUAUAGAAAAGGACCAUAUUUUCAUUAUCUGACCAUCCAGUCAGUCUACUUCUCAAAUUACUAAGGAUCCAACUGUUAAAACACAAUGCGAGUAAAUCCCUUUCUUCUGGUGUUGCUUGGCAUCUUGCUUAGUGGGUAUGUCAUUUUUUUUUUAAAUAUGUAGGUUUUAUUCUUGUCUGUGGCGUUUGGGUCUAAAAUAAAUAACCCAGUUGAAAGGGAAUGUUCAUGUUCAGUUGAAUCCAUGAAGUGUGUGAAAAUAUAUAUUUUUUCUUUUUGUGAUCUACAUAUUUUGUUCUGUUUUCUCCCGAAUUCUCCUGUAAAACGUAUCUCUCUCUCUCCCACUCAUUAAACUGUGCAUUAAAAAAUAAAAUGAUGCCAGCAUGAGCUCAUGCACUUCGGUAACGAGAUAUCAAGCAUACGGAAACAUUACACUGAUGGUUUAACUUAUUUCAGUAUGAUCCUAUUGCAACAGGUGUCGAAACGGUUUCCUCAUUCACAGAGUUCUGGAAUUACUCGAAAGUGAACGAGAAUGUUAAAUAAACUUAUUUUUUUGGGCUACACUUCCACCUCAGUUGGAUACAAAGAUAAAAGAUUUUGCCUCAAUCUAACAAAAGAGCACCAGGAAAACUCGAAAUUACAAUUACCGCAAGGGAUUUCAUACAAACAGCCCAGUGUAGUAGGACCAGAUGGCAAAGUUAUUGCCACGACGCCGUGGUUAUCCCCAAUUGUAUGGGAAGGAACUUUUGAUCCAUUCCUGAUUGAUACGAUCUACAAACAACAAAACAUCACCAUAGCAACUACAGUCUUUGCUCUUGGAAAAUACACUCAGUUUCUUAAAGAUUUCCUGGAGUCUGCAGAGCAGAAUUACUUUAUUGGAUUUCGUGUGCAUUAUUAUGUUUUCACUGAUCAACCAGAACAAGUUCCUGAAGUGAAACUGGGUGAAGAACGUCAGCUGACGGUGUUGAAAGUCCCUAGUUCUAACAGAUGGCAGGAGAUCACUUUACGAAGGAUGGAAAAGCUGGAGAAACUAAUUGAAAGUCGAUUGGUCAGUGAAGCUGACUAUAUUUUCAGCCUUGAUGUGGACACAAAGUUCUACGGCCGAUGGGGGUCAGAGUCUUUGGGUCGUCUUGUAGGUGUGAUACAUCCUGGUUACUAUCAAACACCACGUGAACAGUUCCCAUAUGAGCGCAGGCCCGAGUCUCAAGCGUUCAUUCCUCAUGCUGAGGGCGAUUAUUAUUAUGGUGGGGCUGUGAUCGGUGGCUUAGUGAAAGAUGUACACGAGGCUGCUAAAACCUGCCGGGAGCAACUGGACAUUGAUGCAGCUAAAUCCAUUGAGGCAGCUUGGCAGGAGGAGUCCCAUUUGAACAAGUACUUCCUUUAUAACAAACCCAGUAAGGUGCUCUCACCAGAAUAUUUGUGGCAGGACUUCAAACCUCACACAAAUGAAGUAAAAAUCAUUCGCUUCUCUCAAGUUAUUAAAAACUAUGCUGCAGUUCGUCCAAACCCAUAACAGAUGUAAAUGAUCACAUAUUUAUGGACUUUAUUCGGAAUUGGUAUGAAAUCACCUAACAGGCAUGUAAAUAUUACUGCAGUUUUUUCAGUUGGUUCAAAAUAAACAUGCACUAACGUUAGAAGUGCAGUAGUAUUGGAAAUGUCUUUUACAGGGUUGCAAAGAGGUGGACAUUUUCCAGAAACUUUCCAUGGGAAUAUAAUCUGGGGUAUUUUGGAAAUAUUUUAAAUUGGAAAUGGGAAUUAAAUGGAAAUUUAACUUUAAAAGAACAGCAUUUAUUCAAAAUAGAAAUCUUUUGGGUGAUGAAAAUUCAGCUUUUUAUUACAGAAAUACAUUAUACUCUAAAACACAAUAAAACAGAAAACCAUUAUUUUAAAUUUUAAUUCUUCAUACUGUUACUAUUUUGUUCUGUAUUUUUUAUCAAAUAAAUGCAUGUUUGAUGAGUGUAAGAGUGUAAAAAUAAUGGCAAAGGGCAUCUCAGGAACUGCACUUCACUGUUUUGAGUCUUACCUCUCAGAUAGGUCCUUCAAAGUACCUUGGAGAGGUAAGGUGCCCAAAUUGCAAAAUCUAACUACUGGAGUGCUUCAGGGCUCAGUUUUUGGACCACUUCUCUCCUCUGUGUACAUGGCAUCACUAGGUUCUGUUAUUCAGAAACAUGGCUUUUCACUAAUUCCUUGAAGUAUUGAUUGAUGAUCAGCUGACUUUCUUAGACCACAUUGCUAAAACUGUCGGAUCCUGCAGAUUUGCUUUAUUCAACAUCAAGAAGAUCAGAACCUUUCUUUCAGAACAUGCUACACAACUCCUUGUUCAAGCAUUUGUUCUGUCUAGGCUGGACUAUUGAAAUGCUCUCUUGUUCCUGCAAUUUAGCAGAUUCCUAAUUUAUUUCCAUGAAUUCCUGUUAACUCCCAUAUAUUCCCAUUUUCUAGUCUUGAAUAUUCUCUCAAUUUUGCAAACCUAAUUGUAUAUAACAAAUUAUGAAUAUUUUAUUAGCUAUUGUUUCACAUUUAUUCUCAUUUUCAUCACUCUGGAUUUAUUUUGGGUACACUGUCUCUUUUAAUCACAACUCACACUCACAACUCAAAACUGAUAGACUCAGGUUUGUUAGGUGAAGCACAAUUGCCAUCAACCAUUCAAGUUUUCAAGAAUGUGUAAAAAAAAAAAAAAAAAAAAAAUAGUAAAUAAUACAUACAAUACAUUCAAGAGAAAAUAAAGGCCAUAAUGAUUAAUUGUUUUCACCA